AUGGCUUCCUUCCCGAUCCCCGACAAGCAGACGGUCGCUCUAGUCCGUGAGCUCGGCGGUCCAGUCGAGUUCGUUGACGACUACCCCGUACAAAAGCCAGGAGCAGACGAGGUACUUGCCAAAGUUCUCUACUGUGGCGUGUGUCAAAGUGACCUUCACACACGAGCCGGUACUGCAGCAGGCCCAGACGGCAAGCCCAUCACGAAUAUCAAGCUACCACAUAUCGGUGGCCACGAAGGUGUCGGGAGGAUCGUAGCCCUAGGCACUGGCCUUCCAGAGCGAGACCCAUCGAUCUAUAUCGGCGCUCUCGUUGGCAUCCGGUUCUCCAGCCGGAUCUGCAGACGCUGCUCAUACUGUCUCUCCGGCCAGGAGCAAUACUGUCAAGGCGUUGGAAGCUUCAAGCCCACGAACCAUUUGCACCACGAAGACGGGGCAUUCCAGGAGUACUGUUGUCUGGACGCUGGGUAUUUGACGCUUUUGCCCGACGAUGUCGAUCCCGUGGCAACGAGCUGCACCUUAUGUGCUGGUCUGACGGCAUACAAGGCUGUGAAGAAUGCUGAGUUGAAGGCUGGGCAGUGGUUGGUCGUCUCCGGUGCCGGGGGAGGGCUUGGACAAUAUGCUGUGCAGUAUGGCCUUGCCCAAGGUGCGAGAGUAUUCGGCAUAGACUCUGGGAAGCAGAAGCGAGAGUUGGUGGAGUCCUGGGGCGCGCAAUUCCUUGACUUUCGAGAGACCAAGGACGUUACAGGAGAGGUUCAGAAACUUACUGGAGGAGCGGACGUCGUGAUCGUCGCAGCGGGUCACUCAUCAGCCUUCACACAAGCAGCAUCCAUGUUGAGGAUAGAAGGAACGAUGUGUUGCAUUGGCAUUCCGCCUGGGGGAGGGAAAAUCGAGACGCCAGUGUCAGAAAUUGUGAUCAAGGGCCUCAAGAUCAAAGGCAACCUCGUGGGCAAUCUGAAGGAGUGUUUGGAAGCGGUGGAGCUGGUGAGGACUGGCAUAGUGAAGCCAAAGACGUAUGUGAGGCCGUUUAGAGACUUGCCGGCGGUCUAUCAUGAGCUCGAGAAAGGGGACAUAGCUGGUCGGGUCGUGUUGAAGAUUGGUGACGAUCCAGGAUAA